AUGAUUUCCUACGUGGAUUGUUUGGGUGGCGAGGGGGCGGGGCCUGGUGUGGCGUCCCGCUGCUGGAACAAAGACCACGAAGAAGACCUAGAUGAGCUAAUUCCACGAAAGAUGGCUGCCCUGCAGCCAAAGACAGAGGGAAGCCUACGCCGCCGCCUCCUCAGCGCCAAAAUCUACCAACAGCACAGUGCCAUUCUGAACGCCAGCGGCGCCGGACGACCGGGGACGCCUACAGGUGAACUAAAGCUCCACCCACCUCACCUGCAGUAUCCGGGAAACAGUCCGUGGUCACUCCGCCAGCAGCUGCCGCCACACCCCCACGUCCACCCCUCUCUGACCCCAGAGGCUCAUGGGAAACUCUUUUUCACUCCAGAGGUUUAUGGGAAAGCCAGCGCCCAGGCUCCACCCCCUCAGCUGCAGCGCCCCACCUGCCCAGUCCUCUCACCAAGAUACCGGACCGGCUCAGUCCCGCCCACUCCAGAGCCCCGGCCCGGCUACACGCUGCCCAUCCCCUCCCCCCUCAGCGCCUCACCCCCCUUCAAAGAGCCAGAGGUGCCCCCGCAGUACCGUUACAAGCCCAGCAGGAGGCGCAAGACAGCAUUCCUACGCUUCAGACUACGCAGGGGGAGGAGCUCUGGGCGGGAGGCCACACAGACCACGCCCCUCCUGUGUAAAGCAGGGGACGGGGACAGGAAGUGGUCGGUUCACUACACUACCCACAAUCCCCAGCAGGGCCUGGUCUUCAUCCCCGGGAAAAGACGAUCGGGCAGCGCUGACAAUCUGCAAGCAUGUAACGGGCUGAGUCAGCAUGUUGGACCCGGCAGCUGCCAGCCCCGACCACAGAGCCCAUCCUCCUCAGGGCUCGACCAAUCAGAGGGCAGCACGAGCCGCAGACGGUGGAGGGACAAAAGCAGGAAGCUGUCCUCGGUUUUCUCAGAUGAAGACGAGAGGUUCAUCUUGAACAACACGAGGCCCAUGACUCCACUGGUCCUAAACCCCGUCCACGGCACCUCCUCUUGGGACGUCUUUGCCCCGGCCUACGAGCCGACGGUGGACAUGGAGAUUGAGCUGACGUCUCGGCUCCCGACCCCGGAGGAGAAGAUGAGACAGCAGGCAGAGGCUAUCAGAGCGGAUAUUGUCCCUAUAAACAUAACAGGGGAGAGUUUUGAUCGCCAGGCAAGUUUUCGAAGAACCGCUGGCAACACUGACUCGGUACCUCGACGACCUCGUAACCUGGGGCGGCGAAAGACAGUUACUGGAAUACCUGAAGGUGCCAGCCUAAGAAAGGACUCUUCAAUUUCAGCGGGUCUUCCUGGCCAGUUCUCCACCGUGGGUCGACCUGCCUCCUCCUGCUCCUCUGCACACUGGGAGAAGAAAAGAAAGGAAGAGGUGGAGGAGGUGGAGGAGGCGGAGGAGAGGGAGAGGCAAGAGGCCAAGGAGAGGGGGUACUCAUUGGGGAGAAGGAUCCGAGCCCCUAAAGGAGAGGGGAUGUCGAGCCUCAUGGCCGCCCUGACCUCCUCACCUCGCUCUAGUUCACUGCAAGACCACAGCUCCUCCUGUGGCUCCUCUUCAGAGUUUCACAGCCUCCCACGUCUGUCCACCAACUCCUCUCUGAACUCCCAGAUCAGCUGUAACAGCGUCCCCUACAGGACACUCAGUGCUUCUUCAUCCUGCAGCCAGGAGUUCCAGGGUUUCCCCAGUGACCUCCAGCCUCUGCUGCCAUACGAUCCAGCUGCCAGAGUCAUCCCCCAGUCUCCUUCUUCCUCCUCUUCCUCUUCGUUUCCCUCUUCACCCCUUUCCUCCUCCCUCCCAGGAACCCCAAAACGCAUCCUGAAAUCUGAGUGGUCCUACCCGAGUGAGACCCCGCUGAAUGAGGCUGCUCAUCUCAGUUCUUCCUCUCAGUAUCUGUCCUCCUCGCCCUCAAUCACAAACUCGGAGUCUCAGUUUAGUUACCAGACUCUGGAUGACGUGUCAGCCCAGCUCGACUCUGAAUGCUCCUACAAUGAAGGCACGUGGAACUAUCAGGCCCUCUCCCCAAGCUCCAGCAUCCAAAGUGGGCAGAGCAGGGUUGACUGGAACAGCCUCACCCAUGAAAUGAGGUGUGUUUCGGGGGAAGGUUGGAGCUGUGAUCCUCUGCUCUCCUCUGGUCGCUCUACUCCCUCUCAAGUUGACAGCAACUCAGUGUGUUCUGAGAAAAUACCCUCCUCUCCCUCUCUGAAUCGGGACAAAAGGAAGUCUAGCACCUCCUCCUCAUGCUCACGCACCUCCACCCGUAGCAUCUCCCUUCGUAAAACCAAGCGUCCACCUGCUCCUCCUCUGCGCUCAGACUCUCUAAGGCGGCGCCCUGUUCGUAUGAAACCUCCUCGGUCCCACUGCAGUCCCCGCCUUGAGAGGAGCCCCAAGCCAACACCACCUUCAUCUCCUCAGACCUUCCAUGAUCCGUGGGUGCCUCGGAGCAACACCAAAAGACGCCAGAGUGGACUCAACUGUGGGACCGUCACUACUUUUGAACCUUUAAUCCCACAUCUGCAGACUGCACCCUCCACUGAGUAUGCUCCCUGUGAGCAGGUGCUGCCAAGUUCCAGCCAGUCCAGUGCUCAUGAUUUUACUGGUGCCGGGCUGCAUCGUCUGGCUUCUCCCUCCAGUGGAUACUCCAGUCAGUCCAACACCCCUACUCCUGGAACUCCUGUGUCCUCUCCACUUUCUCCAUCCUCGCCUCUUGCAGCUGGCUCCGGGGCUUUCUUCCACUCCCCGACUUCCCCGCUCUCUGCUACACGUCCCUUGCCUUCCCCUCUGCCCUCCUCCCUGCCCAGGACAAGAUCUCAAGGAGAAGGGCGACCAAAACCACCAAUCCCAGAGCGCAAAUCAUCCCUCAUCUCCUCCCUGUCCUCUUCAUUCUCCUCCACUUCUUCUCUGUCUUCUUACACAUCCUCAGAACACCCGAUCCUCCCUGCUCCACCUGCUCCUCCUCCUCUUCCUUCUCAGUCAGUCUUCUACUCCCCCAAUCAUGAGUCUCCUCCUCCAGCUCCUCCGUCUUUCACCAAACUCUCCGCUGCUCCUUCCCCUCCACCUUCAUCUCUACCUCCUCCGCCUCCCCCGCCUCCUCCUCCACCUCCUCUUCCCCAUCUAUUCUCUCGUCCACCUCCUCCUCCGUACUCCUACGCAGUCAGGCAGAGCUCCCAUCAUGUUGUGCGAGCAUCCAUGGCAUCAUGCAACAAUUCCCCCACAACCUCAACCCCCCAACCUCCCCGUCCGUGUACUCCACCUCCUGAUAGGUCAGAAACCCCAAUGUUGCCAAAUGCUGAUGCUCCCCAUCCCCAACCACCACCUCCUCCUCCUCUGCCUCCUCCACCAACGUCCCCUUCAUGUCCUCUCUUCCUGCGGGACGUCAGUAAGUCUCCAAGUCGGUUUGCCAGGGUGUCCACACCUCCCUGUCCCCUUGUCACGACCCAAGCCUUGCAGGGCAUCAAGCUUCGUUCAGUCAAGAGCCAGGAGGGCCCACUUACUGAGGCCAGCAGCAGCAUUCUUCAACAAAGUCAAGAAGCUCAACCAGAUAGUGCAGUGCAGGCUCAUGCUGAUCUUAACCCCAACCCUAAACCUGACCCCAAACCUAACUUUUUCCCUGAUACUAAUCUUAUCCCUGACUCUAAACUUAACCUUUCCCCUAUUCCUAAACCUAGCCUUAUUUCUAAGCCUAAUCCUAAUCUUCUCCCUGACCCUAAACAUAACCAUAUCCCUGAACCUAAACCUAACAUUUCACCUGAACAAAACCCUAAUCCUAUCCUUUAUCCCAAACUUAACCUUUUCCCUGAACCUAAAUCUAACAUUUCCCCUAAUCCUAAACCUAACCUGAUCUCUGACCCCGGCCGUGCAGUCUCUGAAGGAACAGGACCUAGAGCACAAAAAGGUAUCUGUUAUCAAGGCAGCAAUGAAGCCGAGAUCACAGGUCCUCUUAAGGAUGACGCCAGCCUUGAGAAUUCAGCAAACCUUGAUGCAAAGAGACCAGGACACAAACCAGACCAGGAUUACUACAAUCUAACACACACCAAGGCAAAGACACCAAAGUCAUCUCAUACUAAUCCUCAGAGAAGCUCUGGAAUGGAGCUGUCCAAUGGUGGAAUUCCUCAAGAAAUAUUUUUUCAAGAACAAAAGAAGGGAGAUGCAGAGAUGUAUGUUUUACCAUCGAACAAUCAUGUCUCCAGUCCUGAUGGUCCCUGGGUCAAAAUGCCAAACGGCGCUGAUGAAAACUUCCAUGACCUAAAAAUCAAGCACAAAGCUUUGCAGCAAGAGGUACCAGGAAGAAUUUUACAAGAUGCUGAGAAGCCUGAACCUGCAAAAAGACAAGGGCACACUGAAGAAGCCUGGAAAACAGAGUCAUCAUACUGGACUCUCUCUGGAACAAGACCUAGAGGAAGCCAAACACGACUGUCUGAGACCAGAAAUGAUGAAAUGAUAAACAACAAGAAGAAUCCAGAUAUGCAGAAUCACACUGUACCUGAUGGAGACUCCAGUGAUUUAAAACAGAACCACAGGAUUCACAGCCCAAAGAAGCUCCGAUCCCCCGAGAAGCCAAUCCUGCCGAAGAAGCCCGAUCUCUGCAUUCUGAGUCUGAUGGCGUCCCCUGAGGCCAGGAAAGGACUGGGUGAUAGAGCACUCAACUCUGGACUCAACAACCAAUCACAGCCUCCCACUGAUUCCACCAACACAACUUCAAACUCAUACAAAACCACCUGUAGUGUGAACAAGACCUCAUCACCGGAGAAGUCAGUGGCACAGACUUCUUCACCUCAAUGCGCAGUCUCUGAUUGGCCUUUGGACUCAACGCCGUCUCACUCACCAGUCAGCUCCCCUCAGAGACAGAAACCUUUGAUUUUACCCAAGAAGCCUGAUCUGACAAUGACUUCACCCAAAACAACCAAACCCAUACGUUCAUCUAAAAACAGACCCAGAAGCCCCUCAGGGACUCAAGGCUACUCCGAGAUCUCUGCUCUGUCACAGACAGACAGACAGAAAACAUCUGGCAAUAUGGAAACUGUGAUGGCUGGAAAGAUGUUAAAUGGGCCCUCGGGAGGUUGGGGCACCAUGCAGACCGGAAGCAGCUGUGGGACUAUGGGGAUCUAUGGGAACUAUGGUCCGUCAGGGGUCCCGGGUCCUGCUGUACCCUCGAGCAAGCUUUCUCCUAACACCAUGAAUAAUGGGACAAGUCCUCUGGAGAAUUGUAAUUCCUUAGGAACACGAGGAACCUUGGACACUUGUAGCACCUCAGAGAAUUCAACAGUACACGGACUGACUGACCCCCAUGCUGCCCUUAUCAGGACCAGACUCCAUAAUGAAAAAUCCUGUCACCGGAGGAUGAUGAGGUCCUCGCUGGCUGAAGAUGAAGAUGAAAAUGAGAGGGAGGAGGAGGGUGGGAUGAAGAUGAUGCCAUCAACUAUGAGGAAAAAAGACAAAACAAGAAAGAGGAGGAAGAGAAGGACAGGCAGGCAGCUCCUGAUCAUGUCAUCGGCAAUGGAGCCUUCUCCCUCAUCGUCAUCAUCAUCAUCUUCAUCCUCAUCGUCGACUUCAUCAUCCUCAUCGUCCGGAGACGAGCGUGAUGCGCCUAAAAACAGAAUGAUGCAAAAAAGACCGUCGACGAGAAUGACAGAAGAUUGUGAUAGAGUCAACAGUGACUUUGAGGCCUCCUGUCCCCAGACUGGUCAUAAUAAUUUCCCCCUCAGAGGUGCACUGUCCACUGACAGCCUGAAGGGGGAGCUCUCACUUCCAGAACUUUGCAUAGAAGAAUCAGUGGUGGACGUAAAGAAGGAGGCGUUCAGUGAGGGAGCUAAGGUGACUGAGGAUGGACAACCCGCAGAUGCUGACGUAUUUGUGAGAGUUUCAGCAGAUCAGAUGUUCGCCUCCAGUCGACCACGAACCACGGACGAUCUGUUCGCUGUCAUCCACAGGUCUAAAAGAAAGAUGCUGGGUAGAAAGGCUCCAGAAGACGACAGACAUCGUAUCUCCUCUUCUUCUUCCUCCUCUCCUCCUGUCUCCCCCACGGACCCCAUCCCUCGUCCGGCUCGCCCUUCAUCCCUCAGAGGUCAGAGGUCAGCGAGGAGUGAGAGCUUCAAGGCCCUCCUGCUGAGGAAGGGGAGCCGCUCUGAGCUGUCGUCUCGACUCUCAGCUGUCGAGCGUCUUCGCGUCGUCGCUGCGUCGCUGCCUCUGCCACCGCCGCCGCCUCCACCAGACGACCCAAACGCCAAGUCAUGUGAUAUAAACACCCAUCUGACCGUGGACGUCCCCGUGUUGCCAACGUCCUCAGUCAGUCUGUCUAUGAUGUUCACCUGGAGUCAGAAUCACCUUCUUCUUAACCCCGCCUCCUCGCCUUUCUUCUUCCUGUCCUCCUCCUCCCUACGUCCUCGCUCCCGCACCCCUCCGUGCUCCUCCAGCCGACGCUUUUCUGCUCGCAGUCGUCUCUAUGCCGCCCCCAUGACGGCCAUCUAUGAAGAAGAGAGUGAGGAGGAGGAGGAGGAGGAUGAUGAGGUUUUUAUGGAGUCCCCCAGGAAUGAAGGAGAACCUCGUCAGCAGCUGGUGGAGACUUCCUGAUGGACUGAAACACUCUAAAGAUCAUCCUGCUGUUUGGAUCCAGCCGUGUUCCAGCCUUGAAUUCAGUAAAUCUCUCCUGAGCGAGAUCUUCAUCAGAAACAUGGCAAACACUGCCGCAGUGACCUGAACCUGAUUGGACCGACUUGAAGCUGAUGAAUUGAAUGUAAAGAAGCACACCACACUGUUGAAUAAAGGGCGUGCCUCUAGUAGCAACACCCAACUACAGAAGCCUGGAAGGGACAUGUAGAGUUAUCCUCAUGCUUUCUUGAGCCCCAAAAACCUCAACUUAACGUACCUAAUGUCGAACUACGGUACUUUUCUACCAUGUUUGUCUUUGCUUGAUAAGAUUGUCUUUUUAUACUAAUGCACGAUACUGGAAAUGCAUUUAUAUUCUUUUUCUUACUUAAAGUACAUGAGAUUGUUUUAAAUUCAGUAAUAUAAUGUUUAUUUGGCUAUAUUUUUGAACUCUCAUGCAAAACUCAAGAGCACAUUUUAGCAUUUCUGACUUUCCAUUUGACCUGCCCCUGUGCUUUGACUGCCUCCCAGUGCCUAGACUUUCCUCUAAAGGUCUGCUUGCUCUCAGAUUUUUAGUUGCUAGCUCAAAUUUCCUGCAGUCACGUUCAAAUAGCUUCUCCCAUUCAGGUCAAUUCUGCUUGUUUGUGAACCUGACACUGAUUUUCCCCUGUGUGUACCAAGCUUUCGAUGUGGUGUACGAAACUUAACAUGCGGCUUAGAAAACUGAUCUUUAUGUAUGGCAAACGGACCUUUUUCCAUGUCGAAUGAAACUUUCUCUGCGGCAUGUAAACGUUCCCUCUGGAAUACAAAGCUUGAAUUUCUCUCAAAACUUUUUCUGUGGUGUCUGAAGCUUUCCCUAUGUCGUACAAAUGCUCUGUGGCAUUCAAAAUUUUCCCUGUGGCAUACGAAACUCUGGUUGCAAAACGUAACUUUCUCUGCGGCAUACAAAACAUUACCCCUAUAGUGUAUAACAAUAAACUUUCUCUAAGUUUUUCAUGGUG